AUGGAAGACAAGAAUCAGACAGUAGUGACAGAAUUUCUUUUCUUGGGCCUCACGGAUCAUCUCCCUUAUCAGAUCAUUCUCUUCAUCAUGCUUCUCUUUGUUUAUCUUGUCACCCUGGGAGGUAACUUGGGAAUGAUCACUAUCAUAUGGGCUGAUCCCAGACUACACACUCCAAUGUACUUCUUUCUGAGCCACCUGUCCUUUGUAGAUAUUUGUUCCUCUUCCUCCAUUGCCCCUAAGAUGCUGCGUGAUAUCUUUGUGGAGAAAAAAAGCAUCUCUUUCCUGGGUUGUGCUGCACAGAUGUGGUUUUUUGAUCUUUUUGUGGUGACUGAGUGUUUUCUCCUGACUGCCAUGGCCUAUGACCGGUGUGUGGCCAUCUGUAAACCCUUGCUCUACACAAUCACGAUGUCCCAGCCGGUCUGUGUGCGGCUGGUUAUAGGGCCUUAUGCCGUGGGUCUUAUUAGCACCAUGACUCAUACGAUUCUCACUUUUUGCUUACCCUUCUGUGGUCCAAAUAUUAUCAAUCACUUUUUCUGUGAUAUUUCCCCACUGCUUCCCCUAGCAUGUGUAGAUACCCGGACCAAUAAAUUGGUGCUUUUCAUCCUGGCUGGAGCUACAGGGGUCUUCAGUGGUCUGGUCAUCCUGAUCUCUUACAUUUGCAUCCUGGUAACCAUCUUGAAGAUCCGGACUGCUGAUGGGAGGCAGAGAGCUUUCUCCACUUGUUCUUCUCACCUUGCCGCAGUCUCCAUCCUGUAUGGGACUCUUUUCUUUAUCUAUGUUCGACCUGGUUCAAGUUCCUCCUUAGAUACUAAUAAACCUGUUUCCCUAUUUUAUACUGCCAUAAUCCCCAUGUUGAAUCCAAUUAUCUACAGCUUGAGGAAUAAGGAAGUAAAAAAUGCAUUCCAGAAAAAAUUUGAAAGGAAAAACUUACUAAUAGGUAGGUAA